AUGCUAGUGCGUGUUGUCGACUUUACGGGCGUGCAUUUGUGCGCUUCCUUCCUCCACUAUGUGGCUGCUUUCAAUACCUUGCUCCGGACUCGAGGCGGUGAUGCACAUAUGCCGGGGAGAAGAUCGGCUUCGAACUCUGUGGACGAGCUGGCCGGAUACGAAAAUGUCAACAACACACUUUGCGCAGGCGAGAUUGUCGUCUCCGGGAAGUCUUUUGAGGUGGUGCUCGACACCGGAAGCCAUGACUUCUGGCUGGCAAAUUCAAGCGGGCUAGCCAACUAUACCAAUACCUCUGUCUCUGCAACUCUUGACUAUUUUCUGGAUACUGGUGUGGUGUGGUCGGUAUCAGGAUUCGCUCUCAUCGCGGAUACGCAGUUUGCGAAUUUCACCGUGCAGAAUCAGGCGUUUCUGGCGGAUGUUACAAACGCGAGUGCAUUCCUAUCAGGAAUAAAUGGCAAUGGCGGCCUUCUAGGACUUGCGCCCCCAAAUGCAAGCGGAGCAAUCAGUUCGGCACUUCAGAAGGCGAAUAUGACGUUUAGCAAUGACUCGAGUGUCCUUGAGAACGUACGCGCCAGUGCCCAUGUCGAAGCAAGAAUCGAGGCUUACACUGUCGCAUAUAUUUUUGCACAGAAUCCCGACGUCGAACCUCAAUUUACGAUGUUAAUGUCACGGAAUGACGGCGAACAUACGACAUCCGGAGGAACAUUCACUCUUGGAAACCCGCUCUCAAAAUAUGCGAACAUCACAGACCAACCGAUCCUGCCAAUUAUGAACACGACUACAGGGAGACAACACUGGACGGUGAUGAUAGACAGCAUCAUCUUGAACAAUGCCUGUUUUACGCAUAAAGGCGUCGCAUAUCCAGUGAAUCCGCUUGAUGUAGUGACUCCAAUCGGAUGGCACAAAGAUGGGACGGUCGUCUGCCAUGGCGCAUUCGUGACUCUUGGUGAACCUGACCCCUCAGGUCCAACAGUGGUUUUGGGGCAAACAUUCCUGCGAAAUGCAUAUGCACUCUACAACCUGAAUCCCACGGGUAACAGUAACAAGAAUACGACACUGCCAUUCGUACAGCUACUAAGCGUGACCGACGCGAAGGAGGCUGCUGCGAACUAUACCGCACAGAACAAUGCACGUCUCGAGGCAUUUGCCACAGCACAUGGUAUCAAGUAUGUCGCACAAUUAUCUGCCCAGGAGUCGCAAAGAGCACAAAUUCGAGGAUGUAUAUUACUUGUCGGUAUCACGACAUUUGUUCACCUCAUCGGUCUUCAGUGGGCUUUUUGA